AUGCUGCUCUCAAGGCUCCUCCUGCUCCCAGUAGCAGUCGCCUCAUCCGUAACCCUCUACGUGUCCUCCGUUCCCGUCUCCGCAGACACCGCCAUCAUCCCGUCUCCCAUCCCCCUCGCGCAAAUCGAGUACGAUGUAGACCAAUCCGUUGGAACCCUAGCAUCGUACACGCCGCCCACAGGCUCAUAUUCCGCCGACCACCUCCUUCGCAUUGGCAUCACAGACCCCACAUCUGGAUCAUGGCGCGGCAUUGUCACAUCUGCGGCCAGCUUCGCAGACGAGUACCAAAAGAAGUUCGUCAUUCAUGUGGACGAGAAGGGCGAGCCUUUCCACGUCGGCUUUGGGACGAGUGCGCGAGGGCAGGGAGCUGAGGUUGAGGUUGAGAUCGUAAAGAGAAGCGUGGGUCCCAAGCCCAUGUUGAACAAGCCGAUUGUGCUUAAUGCGGAGGGCAAGCUGGAAAGCAAAGAGCCGGAGAAGACUUUCUUGCAGAAGUAUUGGUGGGCACUUGCACUGUUCCUUCUUGUCCAAGUGGUUUCGGGCGGUGGAGGAGAUGGGAAAUGA